AUGUCUAUCGUAUCGAUCUCUGAUGGUGUAGGGUCUAGCAUAAGUAAAAGUGACCUACGGGCUUUCGCAACCCAACUUCAUGUUGACACACUGGAUGACAAAGAUGCCCAGGAUUACCUUACUCUGUUGAGGUCGCUUGAGACAGUCCUGAGAAGCAUCGACAAUGCGCCCGACUACAUUGCCCCGGAUUUGCUUCCUCAUAAAACGCUAAAACAUCGCAACUUUUGGAAGUCAACACCAGAAGAUAAUCCUUUCAACGGCUGGAGUCACCAAUGUGAUCUAAGAUCUGCUGCUCCGGCUAGCAACCUACUGGGUGGACGUACCGUUGCCAUCAAGGACAACAUAUCUGUCGGAGGGCUACCGACCACGCUUGGAGUGCCCCAGUCACUGUUCCCUCAGGCCGACGGGUACCCCAUCUCCCCUGUUGACGCAGUUGUGGUGUCACGAAUUCUUGGAGCUGGUGGCAUCAUCAAAGGGACGUCUACUUGCGAAAGCCUUUGUGCUUCUCCCUUGUCCUUUACCUCCGCGACAGGUCCGGUUCAUAAUCCACAUUUGCACAACUACACGGCUGGUGGAAGCAGCAGCGGCUCUGCAGUUCUUGUUGCGGCUCACCACCUGGCAUCAAAAGGGAGCGGGAAAUCAUGGGGCAAAACUGUGGAGUUGGCUAUUGGCACCGACCAGGCUGGGUCGGUGCGAAUCCCGGCCUCUUACAAUGGCCUCUACGGGUUAAAGCCUACCUUCGGCCUAGUCCCCUACACUGGCGCAGGGUCCAUGUCGCCAAUGAUCGACCACCUAGGCCCGUUAGCGGCCGAGCUUGAAGAUGUCGCUGCGCUGUUGGAGGCCAUGGCAGGCUACGAUGGCUACGACCCGCGGAUGACCCCUGAAACUCCAUUGGUACAUAAUGUAAAGCCUUACCUGGAACUUCUGCACCAGGCCAGGCAAGUGAUCCAGUCUACACCAAAACCUGGCCAAGGGCUGAGGGUUGGCCUGCUGAAGGAAUCUUUCCACAUGCCCGGGGUUGCUGCCGAUGUGCGAGGUAUCGUCUCCCAGACAGCCACCCGAUACUUUGAAGCUGUCGGAGCCUCUGUCUCUGAGGUGUCUAUUCCAAUGCACCAGCAAGGUCCAGCAAUCUGGACAGCGGCAACCCGGCCAUCCAUGUCCAAUUACCUGUGCCAAGGAAACCCCUCUGGUCACCUUUCUUUCCUGUCGCCGCAUACGCAGCUCAAAUGGCCUCCAUCCCAAUCGACCUAUGACACGUUGACAUGCAACAACCCAGCUGUAGUCAACAUCAUGCUGAGUGACAAGUUUGCUAGGGAGUCAUCCAAGGCAGGGUUGGAGGCUAAGGCCCAUCGCAUGGUCUUUGCGCUUAGAGCUGCGUACGAUUCUGCUCUUGAGAAUUUUGAUAUCCUCGUCACACCUUGUGCUCCGACAGUCGCAAUGCCUCACCCAGACCCCAACGGUCCAGAUGAGAGAAGGGCCUCGAUCCUAGAUAGACUAGGCGUCGCCAUUGGCUUGACUAGCAACACUUGUCCCUUUAAUGUUACUGGCCAUCCCGGGUUGAAUGUACCUUGUGGCUUCUCCACGGCCAAAGACCAUCCAGAUGUCCCGCUGCCUGUAGGCAUGCAGAUUGUCACAAAUCGAUGGGCUGAUCAACAACUUAUUGAGGCUGCGGCUUUGUUUGAACGAGGGCGCGAGAUAGUUCAGACCACAGCGGACUUUUCAUAA